AUGGUUUCUUUUGUUGAUUUGCAAUUCAACCCAGAAGAGGAUAAUGUAGUUGACAACAUGAUCAUGUCAAGUAAACAAAUCAAAAUCCUCAUUAACAAAAUCACUUCUCUUCUUUUGGUUGAAAGCAUUGAACUGAAACUAGUUGAACAGUUGAAUGUUCAUUCCAAAAGCUUUGAGUUCAAAAUUCAAAAGCUUCGUGAUGUUACCAAGGAGCGUCAUGAUCUUUUUAUGGAACAAGUGAAGAAGAUCAAAGAUACUAUUGAUCUUAUGGUAGCUGAACUAAAGUCUGAGAUGGCUAAAGAGGUGGAAAAUAAGAAGAAGAAUUAUACAUUGUUGGAUAGCAAAGUUAAUUUUGUUGCAACUACAAUCAUAAAUUUGGUUGAAUUCAAUACUGACUAUUCAACCAAGCUUGAAGAAAAAUCGGAGAAGGAUUACAGAGUGAUUGUAAAGCUAGAAGUGUUCUUAACCAGUAUCAAGGAAUCCAUUUCAAAAUUUGAUCUUUUGAAUUAG